AUGUUCGCUAAAAUCUUUCUCCUAAUAUCUUUACUUGGUUUGAAGAAUAUAGUUUACGGAGAACCUAUUGAGAGUUCUGUAAAUGAUUUUGAACAAUUGGAAUGCCAAUUAAUUUGUGAAACUUGUGUUAUGAAUGUUCGUGGUAUUCGAUGGUUACUUUUGCAAAGUUAUACACGAAAGAUUGCAGCUGAACUAUUAUCUGUAAUGUGUAAUUUUCUUCCAUAUAAACAACCUCGUGCUCAAUGUAAACGUUUCUUUAAAGGACCAUUUGAUGGGAUAGUUCAUGAUUUUGUUGUAAACAUGAGUGUUUAUGAACCAUGUCAAUAUCUUGGACUUUGUGAAACAGUUCAACAAGAAUUGAUGACAAGCCUAGAUGAUUCAUUCUAUACCAAUCUGUUGAUGAAAACACUAAGCAUAUUGAAAGAAGAUAUAGAGUCAAUUAUUACACCAGAGUUUAUUGAACAAUCAGCUACAAAACUUUGUUCUUCUGAUCAAAAGUGUAUAAAAGCUUUUGAGAAAUCUGCUGUUGGUCUCAUCCAAGUUAUUUAUAAAAAUUCAAAAGGCGAAUGGUUUUCAGACGAUUUUUAA